AGGACACAAUGACAUUAUAGAGAGAGAGAGAUUAAAUAGAGAAACGGAUAAGGCCUGGGAAACUCAAAAGUUUGUUUUCUGAGGUCGAGCUGAAAGAUCUUCUUCUGGGACGAAUUGAAAGAUUAUGAUUAUCCCUCAUCAGGUUAGGGCAGUGGAUGGUAUAAUUGGUCGCAGCUCAUGGUUCAGUUAGUACUUACUGUUCAAUAAGUUGGGUUUGGAUUUUGGUGUAUUUUUCUUAGAAUAGGCACACAACAUGCCGUGUUUUAUCGAACUAGUGACUAAUAUUGAUUUAACAGGAAUUGUUGCCAAGCAAAGCUAUUGAUAAUGCUUUGAUACAAAUAAGAACUCUUUGGAUUUUUACUAAAAUUAAAAUUAAGUUCCUUUAGCAAUGAGAACUAUAGACCAGUGGAUGAUUUAGUAUAAUUUGACUGUACAAUUUCAUAGUAUCAAUUUUGGUAUCGGAGCUUUACCUCGAGGAUUGGUAGAAGGAUUGGUGCAGGCACUUGUAUUGUGGCAUUUCCUUGUAAUUUUUGGUAGUUUCUAGGGCCUCUUGUCUUUAAAUAAAUAGAUAAAUAUAUCAUAAACAAUAUAUUUCGCAACAAAGAAUGUUCAUUUUCAACAGGAUUCAUAUUUUACAUGAUGAGUACACCUGUGGAUUCUAAAGAAUCUGAUGAGCUGAAAUGCACCUGUGGGCUUCCUGCAAAACUGAGAGUAUCUGAAACUCCCAAGAAUCCAUUUAGGUUAUUCUAUAAUUGUUCCAAGGGUUUUCAUGACCAAUGUGAAUAUUUCCACUGGGCUGAUGAACCAGCUGCAACUGGUGAUAGACAAACUGAUGAGCUAAAUCUCAUUCGCAAUGUGUGCAUUCAACUACAACGAAGAAUGGGUAAGAUCGAAGAAGAACAUGAGGAUGAGAAGACUAUCUGGAAUGAAGAAAAAUCUGCUCUAAUGUCACAACUAUCAACUGUCCAAGCUGAGCUAGAUGAAAUGAAGAAAAGAAUAAAGAUGGCAAAUGAAUCUGAUCUUAUGCCCCAAGUUGAUAAAUUCUCCAAAUCAGAUGAUGAGGUAGAUGAUGCAAUAAUCAUACAUACUGGUGCGGACACGAGGUACAAGCCCCCAAUUACACACACGUAUAGGAGGAAGAGCAAAAAGAAGACGGCCCAGCUUGUGGCCUUAUGGAUGGAGCAUACUAGUUAUUGGGCUUGAAAUUAAGCAAGCCCGAACAUUUAAUGAUUAGGGCUUCUUUAGGGUUUUUAUUGUUGGCUAUUUAAACAAUUUUUCAGAUUAUUGUAAGACAGUUUUUGGAGAAUUAUUAAAAAUAAACGUGUGUUUUCUUUCACUGGUGCCGACUCCAGUUUGCUUGGUGCUGACUCCAAGCAGCCCUUAGGUGCUGACUCCUAGGGUUUAUCUUUUGUUCUAUUGUUAGUGUGGUUGUCCUACGUCAGUUUUGGUAUCAGAGCAAACUUCCGGUCCAUACAACACAACCGUAGACAACCAAUAGAAAGCAAAACCAUCAAAAAAAAGCAAGCCAGCCAAAUAUGUCAGUACCUUUCAAGUAUUUGCCCCAUGAGAUCUUGAACAAACCCAAAUCAGCCCCGGCAAUCCGUGUAUACCCCGCAGCCCCACAUGAGUUUUUCAUCCCCAAGCCAACAGAGAAGCCAGUGACGCCUCCCAAGCCGAUGACCACCAUCUGUGCCCGCCUCUGAUCACAGAACCCACACCCACAAGCCCAAAAAAAAAAAAAAAAAAAAAAA